AUGAAAAUUAAGAGAAUCCCAUCAUGCAAACAACCAAAAAACGUGGCAUCUGACAGCCACAACCACACCUCAACAGCAAAUCCGGCUAUCGCUUCGUUCACAUCGAAAUAUGUUGGAGCACUGUGCUUUGAUUUUAACCCAUUUGAUAGAGAUGUCUACUUGAUAGGAACAGAUGCAGGCCAAGUGCACAAGUGUUCGUGCACGUAUAACGACCACGUCCUGCAAACCUACAGCAACGCUCACAAGGGACCAGUUUAUGACGUACGUUGGUCUCCCCUUCACCAAGAGCUUUUUCUAACCGGUUCUGCAGAUUGGACGGUCAAAUUGUGGCUCCAAAAUCACGUCGUCCCACUUGCUUCUUUCACAUCUUCAUCGACUCCGAUUCACGGCUUGGCCUGGCAUCCAACACUGUUCUCUGUAUUUUGUUGCGUAGACGACGACUUUUUAAUGAUUUGGGAUUUCAGCAAGCAAUCGUUAGAUCCUAUAGUAAAGCAAUUCUUAAAUUCAAAAAGCGUUUUAGGGCACGUUAGUAACAAGCUCACUUGUGUAAUUUUUGCACUCAAUGCUGACUGCCUGAUUGUCGGCAGAGAGGGAGGACAACUGAAUGUCUUCAAAAUAAAUUCAACAUUAAGCGAAGAUGCAUUGUCUGGAGAUUAUGCUGGAGAAAACACUUACAUUGAAAUGAACGUCGAAAAGAAAAUGCAACUUGAUAAAAAUUUCGUGAAAGAAGCUCUCAAAACACUUUUCCCUCUGACCUUUUGUAACUGAAACAUACAAAUAAAAAGUUUUUUGUCAUUGUGUUAGUUUGCGUCCUACGAACUGAAGUGCUUGUGGAGAAGAACAUUCUUUUCGAAUCGAUAACAUUAAUGUCAAUAAAUUUUUCGGAUAAUUGUUAAAGAAUGUUAUUUGGUCUAUAGAAAAUUUCAUAUAUAGGAAAUUUCGGGGGGCCGUAAUAAUUUUAUAAUCGUUAAUAUUUCCGCCAUCUUGUUUAUUUAAAU